CAUCUCUUGGACACCUCAAAACCAUUUCUCUAACUGCACGAAGCCGCUGCCAAAGCCCAACUGUACCCAGUAUGCGGAUGGAGGAUUCUAAAAAAACACACCAGCUUGAACCCAGAAACUAUGCGUGAUCGUUCGGCUUGUUGUCCAGCUGUCGCGGCGCUGUGGCGGAAGGGAAGUUGUCAGUCAAAACCGAAGGACCAGCAACUUUUAUAGACUUUAUAGUAGGCAAGUAGGCGGCAAGCACAGUUUGGACUUCUUUGACUCGGGGACUGGAGUGCUGAUAUUACUCAGCUGUGUUUAGGUUAUGUUUUGCCCAGUGCGUCUUGAAGCGAAAAGAAAAUGGCAAUUCUCUGAAGAACAGGUCUCUGGUGUUUGUGGUUGGCAAUGGAGCUUAAAUGAAAGGGACGUUUCCCGGGAUUAAUUGAAAGAACAACGACAGAAUGCAGGAGAGAGACCUACAGAGCAUGUGCAGAAGGGUGCUGCUGUUGACCGUCUGUAUGGUGUCUCUCUGGGGACAACUGACCAGUGCAUCGUCACCACGAAGCCACAUAGUUCACGUGAAAGCAGGAACCUGUGAGGUAGUCGCUGCACACCGAUGCUGUAACAAGAACAAGAUAGAAGAGAGAUCCCAGACUGUCAAAUGCUCCUGCUUCCCUGGACAGGUGGCGGGAACAACAAGAGCAGCUCCAUCUUGUGUAGAUGCAUCAAUAGUUGCACAGAAGUGGUGGUGCCAGAUGCAUCCCUGCAUGGAUGGGGAAGAGUGUAAAGUACUGCCAGACUUUAAAGGAUGGAGCUGCAGUACGGGAAACAAGGUUAAGACAACUAAGGUCACCCGAUAGUUGUGCAUUUGGAGGACAACCUUAUUACAAGCCACACGUUUCUUUGACAUUAUGGAGGACAUUUUGGGCACCAUGUGAUUAGUGGAUUUGGUGAAAAUAAGGGACCAACAAGGACAGCAUUCACAGACACUCCGGUGAACAUAAGGAGUAAGAGUACCAAGGAGCAUCAUAAGACUCUACAUAGCCAAACAGAUUCCUGACUUUUGACUUAGCAUCAACAGUAGCUGUGUCUCUACUCUGCUACCCACCAAAUCUCUCUUUGUAUUAUAGUUAUAUUCCUAUGGACUAGAAGACUCAACCAUGAAGUUAUUUAUUGAAUUAAAGACAGAGGAUUAACCUGGAGAAAAAAAAAAAAGAAAAAAAGAAAAUCACCCUUAAAACAAAACCAUGUGAUGUAAAACCUUUGUGUUAUUUUCUUGCCACAAGGAGCCGUGGGACUCUUGAUGCAUAUCUGUGUGGAAGACCCUGUGAGAUCAUAAGCAUUUCCAUUCCUUUUAGCCUUUUGGAGCAGAUAUUGCUUCUGUUUCUUUUAGUUGAUUUCAGAGAGUCUGGCUUUUUCUGUUUUUAAGUUCAUUAGGACAUUUAGGCCUCCUUUUAAAGACAAAAGACAAUGCCAUAAUAAUGAAACCCAUACAAAAAUGUAAUGAUCUUUGACUAUGAAUCACUAAGGGUUAACAUAGCUGCGUUCUGCCAAAAUGUUUUAAUGGUAUCUGUUGUUUUCAAAGCCUGGUGACCACCAUUCAUUACAAAUGUCAAUAUUAUCUCAAUAAAUCUAACUCAAUGAA